GGCCAGGUCCUCCCCCUCAGGGUCAGGGCAGCAGCCACAGCCCCAUAAAGCACACCAUGGCGUCGCCCAAGAACUGGUCCAUUGAAGAGUUCUCGGAAGGUUCUCCUCCCAUGUCAGCAUAGUUGGUGCGUCUCGGAGACACCUGCAGGCGCGGCGGGUCGCGUAUUUAUCACAGGGGAUCGGAAGCCGGCGGCGAGCCGAGAGGGGAGGAGGCGGAAGAGGGGGAUUGACGCGCCGGAGACGCGGGAGAGAUGGGGGGCGAUCCGGGGAAGCUCAUCAAGAGCGUGAAGGGCGCAGCGCAGAAGUACCUCGGCGUCGGGUUCCUGCUGGGGUUCUUCCUCGUGCUGCUCACCUACUUCACCGUAUCCGAGCAGUUCGCCAUCUCCGCGCCCAACGCUAUUCGGAGGUCAUCGCCGGGGCACGCGCAUCCCUCGCCGUCGCCGAUCACCCCGUUCGUGGAGGAGAAGAGGCAGCAGGCCCCUGUCGUAGAGGAGAAGCCACACAAGGCAGAGCUUGCAGCAGAGGAGAAGCCUCCCAAGGCACAGCAUGCAGCAGAGGAGAAGCCCCCAGCCGUUGACGUUGAAGAGGCCCACGCAGAAACAGAGGACCAGAAGCUUGUCGCAGAUGAUGGUCGGAGGAGCGGUAUCGGCGGCGAUGGCAUCCCGACGGAGAGCGCUCCGGCGAAGAAGCCGGCGUGCGACAUCCAGGGCCCGUGGGCGUCGGACGUCUGCGACGUGGACGGCGACGUGCGCAUCCGCGGCUCGGCGGGCACCAUCCUGAUCGCGCCGUCCAUCGAGAGCGGCGGCAACCCGAACCCGCAGGAGUGGCAGAUCCGGCCCUACUCCCGGAAGCACCAGGCCGGGAUCAAGGAGGUGACAGUGCGGGAGCUGGCCUCGGCCGCCGACGCGCCGGCGUGCGACGUCCGGUCGCCCGUGCCGGCGCUGGUGUUCGCCAUGGGCGGGCUCACCGGCAACUACUGGCACGACUUCAGCGACAUCAUGAUCCCGCUGUACCUGCAGGCGGUGCGGUUCAAGGGCGAGGUCCAGCUCGUCGUCGAGAACUUCCAGCCCUGGUACGCCGGCAAGUACCGGACCAUCCUGAAGCGGCUGUCCCGCUACGAGAUCGUGGACAUGGACAAGGACGACCGCGUGCGGUGCUUCCCGGGCGCCGUGGUGGGGAUCCGCAUGCACAAGGAGUUCAGCAUCGACCCGGCGCGGGAGCCGCUCGGCCACUCCAUGCCGGAGUUCACCCGGUUCCUCCGCGAGACCUUCUCCCUCCCGCGCGACGCGCCGACGAGGCUCGCCGGCGCCGACGGCGAGGACAACGAGAAGGUGAGGCCCCGCAUGAUGAUCAUCUCGCGGCGGCACCCGCGGAAGCUGGUGAACGUGGACGCGGUGGUGGCCCUGGCGGAGCGCGUGGGGUUCGAGGUGGUGAUCGGGGACCCGCCUUUCAACGUGGACGUGGGCGAGUUCGCCCGGGAGGUGAACGCCGCGGACGCGCUGGUGGGCGUGCACGGCGCGGGGCUGACCAACUCGGUGUUCCUCCCCACGGGCGCCGUGUUCGUCCAGGUGGUGCCCUACGGCAAGAUGGAGCACAUCGGGGAGGUGGACUUCGGCGUGCCCGCCGUGGACAUGGGGCUCCGGUACAUCGCCUACUCCGCCGGCGUGGAGGAGAGCACGCUGGUGGACACGCUGGGGCGCGACCACCCCGCCGUGAGGGACCCCGAGUCCAUCCACCGGAGCGGGUGGGGGAAGGUCGCCGAGUACUACCUCGGCCGGCAGGACAUCCGGCUGGACCUGGCGCGGUUCGAGCCCGUGCUCCGCAAGGCCAUGGAGCUGCUCAGGGAGCGGCAGUAGGCAGACAGAAGAGACCACCGGAUGCCGCGCGUACAGUUUGUUUUCAUUUCACACGACCUUUUUCUAGCAAGUAGGCUUUGAUCAAUCGGUUUCUCGAUUCUUUUCCAUUUUUUGGUGUUCUUUUAAAGGAAAAAAGUUAUAAAUCGAAGGUUUACAUGACAUUUGCAUCUGCAUUUUGUGUGAACAUAUGUGAACAAGCAGAGAAAGCCUUGCCACGGGGAAACUUAAGGGGAAUAAGGCAAGUGCCAGGCCGGAGGCCCACUACAGGGAGCAAAAUGAGCCCAUGAGCGGAGAUGGCCCACGAGGUUGGGCCGGUAGCAGAGGGGUAGCUGUCGGUCGCCAGGGUUGACCAAAGCUGUCGCCAGGUUAGGUUUGGUAGGUGAUCUGCACAGAACGGCAGCGCGAUGCAAGAGCGGGUGGGCGGCGGCAGAUGCGUGCAAGCAAGCUACGGGCGUGUGCUAGCAGCCUAGCACGGGCACAUGACAACGAUGCUGCGAGGAGCGGCGCAAGAAGAACAGGCACUGUGGCGCGACAGUGGAGGGCAUGUUGGCUAGCUUCUCCGACGGACAGAAUAAUUGGCGACGGAGCCCAGACCAGGUGAAGCGCACGUUCUACCUGUAAAGUGGAAUGCUCCAUGCUGUACGUAUGUUCUGUACAUGCGGUGUUUGUUUGGGCACUGAAUUC